AUGUCUGAACUGAAAGCUAAUCCAGGGCACAAUCCGUGGGCGUCCGUCGCCAAUUCCGGGCCGAUCUCGAUUCUUUCGUACUGUGGGUCGUCGAUUCUGAUGACCGUGACGAACAAGUUCGUUGUGAACCUGGAGAACUUCAAUAUGAACUUUGUGAUGCUGUUUGUGCAGUCGCUUGUGUGCACCCUAUUGCUUGUCGUUUUGCGGUUGCUUGGGUACGCGAAGUUCAGGUCUUUGAACAAAACUGACGCGAAGAAUUGGUUUCCUAUCUCCGUGUUGCUCGUGCUGAUGAUUUAUACUUCUUCGAAGGCGUUGCAGUUCUUGGCUGUGCCCAUUUACACCAUCUUCAAGAACUUGACCAUUAUUUUGAUCGCAUACGGUGAAGUGCUGUACUUUGGUGGCAGUGUCACGUCGAUGGAAUUGUCAUCCUUCUUGCUGAUGGUUCUGUCCUCCGUGGUGGCCACUUGGGGGGACCAACAGGCCAUAGCGUCCAAGGCUGCUAGUUCUGCCGUCGGUUCUACUGCUGGGGAAUCCAUGCUCAACCCAGGGUACUUCUGGAUGUUUACCAACUGUAUAUCCUCCGCCAUGUUCGUGCUUAUCAUGAGGAAGAGAAUUAAGUUGACAAACUUCAAGGAUUUCGACACCAUGUUCUACAAUAACGUGCUUGCCUUACCUAUUUUGCUUGUGGCCUCAUUCUGCGUCGAGGACUGGUCCUCCGCUAACUUGGCCACAAACCUCGCAAAGGACUCCGUUACAGCGAUGGUUAUCUCCGGUAUGGCCUCCGUCGGGAUCUCGUACUGUUCAGGGUGGUGUGUCCGUGUCACCUCCUCGACCACGUACUCAAUGGUCGGCGCUUUGAACAAGCUACCGAUCGCUCUGUCGGGGCUUGUCUUCUUCGACGCACCAAGAAACUUCCUGUCCAUCUUCUCCAUCUUCCUCGGGUUCCUCUCGGGACUCAUCUACGCCGUCGCCAAACAAAAGAAGCAACAGGCGCAAGCGGGGCGCAAGUGA